AUGAAGAUAUCAACGCAGUCUUCCGUUCCGGUAUAUACUAUUUCUGGCUCUUCGACUGCCAGACCUCUUCCGGAGUGGCUUGCUAGGCGGAGAAAGCGCAGUUUGAAAAAUGAUCCGGAGUACGCAAACCGAGUCGAAUUAUUACAGGAUUUCGAGUUCGAGGAAGCGAGUCAGUGUAUCCGAAUUAGUGAGGAUGGACAAUGGGUUAUGAGUACAGGAACUUACAAACCGCAAAUACAUACUCACUACUUACCUCACCUAUCAUUAUCUUUUGCUCGUCAUACCGUUUCACUCAACACGACGUUCCUUCUACUCUCGUCCGAUUACUCGAAAUCUUUACAUCUGCAGGCAGAUAGGUCGCUCGAGUUCCAUACGCCGUCGGGAUGUCACUACACGACGAGACUACCUCGUUAUGGACGAGAUCUUAUUUAUGAUAGACAGUCCACCGAGGCCCUCGUUCCUUCAGUAGGGGUCAACCAGGACGGACUCGGUGAAGUAUUCCGAUUGAACUUGGAGGCCGGUCGUUACAUGCGCAGUUACGAAGUCGACGUCGGUGGAGAUGAUUAUACAUCCGCCGGCGGUGGUGCGUUGCAAGGUGGUAUCAAUACCGGGUCAAUCAACACCGGUGCGAUUGCGGAAGGAAGUCACAAUCUCCUUGCUUUCGGUACUUCUAUUGGCACAGUAGAACUCUGGGAUUCGAGGGCUCGAGGUCGGGCCGGGAUUUUGCUACCACCAGCACAGUCGCAGCCGGGCGAAGGACGACACGAGAUAACGGCGCUGGAGUUUCACAGAUCUGGCCUUACAUUAGGAACAGGAUCGUCGAAUGGUUUAAUUCAUUUGUAUGAUUUACGAUCGCCGAUUCCUUUCCUCAAGAAGGAUCAAGGUUAUGGAUAUCCGGUUCAUACGCUCAAGUUCCUGCAGUCAUCAUCCCAAACACGGGAGCAGACAAUGGAACCGAAGAUUCUAUCUUCGGAUAAGAGGAUCAUCAAGAUUUGGGACCCUCGAAAUGGUACGCCGUGGACGUCGGUCGAGCCAGCUGUGGAUAUAAAUAGUGUCGCAUGGUAUCCAGAUAGUGGAAUGAUUUUGACAGCCAAUGAGGGCAGGCAACAGCACGCGUUCUUCGUCCCACAACUUGGCCCUGCACCUAAGUGGUGCUCCUUCUUGGACAACCUUGUCGAAGAGAUGGCCGAAGAUCCUAACGAUCCUCAAGCCUUUACUGGAGGUCAGACAUCUACUGUAUACGACAACUACAAGUUCUUGACGGUACCUCAACUGCGCACAUUGAACUUGGACCACCUCAUCGGCAGAACCAAUUUGUUACGACCAUAUAUGCAUGGCUACUUUGUGGCUCAACGGUUAUACGAAGAAGCCCGUUUGAUCACGAACCCUUACAUUUGGGAGGAAGAACGAGCCAAGAGAGUCAAGGAGAAGAUUGAUCAAGAAAGAGAAAGUCGCAUCCGAGGCAAGAAGAAGGUUGCCGUCAAAGUCAAUCGGAAAUUGGCCGAGAAGCUUCUCGAGAAACAAGAAAAGGCUGAGAGACGGAACGCCAAACGCGUGCUUGAGCAAGGAGGUGAUGAGACAAUGGCCGAGGCACCUGAACAGAGUCCUGAAACUACAACCGGUGACGAAAGCAAGGGCUUGCUUGGUGACAGCCGUUUCGCGAAACUCUUCGAAGACGAAGAAUUCGCUGUUGAUGAGACUUCUAGAGAAUUCCAAAUGCUCAAUCCAAGCACCACUGUCGAAAAACCAGAGAGAAAAGAGCGCGGUCUCACAGCCGUCGAACAAGAAGAAGCCGACGAAAUCCCAGGCUCUAGCAGCGAUGAUGACGACAACGACAGCGACGACGCCGGUAGCGAACAAGGUCAAAAACCGUCAAACCGACCGGCAAAAGCCAACCAACCCAAAAUGGGCGAAGAAAUUUCCUACAAACGCAGCAGAAAACCAUAUACCAAGAUGCAAGUCUCUUCAUCUUCCUCCUCAGCAAAUAAAUCCCGAGGAGGAGGCAGAGAUCGAUCCUUUGAAACACUGGCGCACAAAUUGGGCAGUAAUAAUACCCAUAGAGUUAACAAGGAUAGAGCGACUUCACGGCAAGGUGCGGUUGGCGAGAAAGAAAUCACUUUUGCGCCUACUUCGUCCAAGUCGAGAUCACAGCAGCAGUCUAGGUCAGAUUAUUCGGGUACGGAUAAUGGGUACAGGAAUAAAGCACGUCGAAGUGCGUCGGGGAAUACAUUCCGGCGGAUUUGA